CUUAUCAACGAAUGUGAAAAAUUCGAAUUUUAUAAUUUUCCGAUAAUUAAAAAAAUGAUCGCAAAAAUAAACCAAAAGUAUGUAACAUAUUUUCUAACGGCAAUCCUAACAUUUACCACACUUCAAUUAAUCCAUUGUGAGCCGCAAAUAGCCUACAGCAACAGAACCCACCAACAAAUUAUUGUUCCCGCAACGGUUAUUGAAAGAAGUGAACCCUUGGCCAAUGGCUGUUACAAUGAAACCAUUAAGGAACCCGAUCAUAGCGACUUGAGUCGUUUCAUUUACACCGAACAGUUGAUAUGUCCACCCGGGGUUAAUAUGACAGCAAUGACUCAACACUACGCUAGGCCACAGACAAAUUCUGGUUUUCCGCCCACUGCACCAGCGGAUAUUGGAAAAUCAUAUGUCGCCCUACAACCUGUACCGACGAUGCAGAACCACUCAGCAUUUAAUACUCACUACCAGAAUCAAUCAUACGCUGUUAAUGCCACGCCACCGUUGGCACCUGCCUGGCCAGCUCCAAUGCCACCGACAGCAGCUGUUGCCCCUCCACGACCCAUUGUAACAGAAAAACCUAACACUGUAACCUCACAAGUUAUGGUCUUGUCUCAGAAAACCGGCCAGUAUGCCAAAGAGCGAAAAGCUAAUACCGCUGCUAAUUUGUUGGUCGUCAAAACAUAUGUUAUCGUUGUGUCAUUGUUUUUGUUUUCCAUAUUAAUGUAGAAUAAUUAAAAAAUGUAUUGACGGGAAAUAACAAUAAAUACGUCUUGUGAUACUGACA